AAGAGAUGAGUCAACAGCCCUCCACUAUAAGAUGUCCUGAUGGAGCCCAACAGUGGCAUACACACAGACAUCCAGCCAAGGAAUACCAGUGAUAUUCGGCGUUUGGUAAACCCAGAGAAAUACUACAAAUAUGGAAUACACUUUGGCCCUGCUGUUUUCUCUGCUGCACGUUUUGAGUGUGGGUACAGCUGCUCCUCUGCCAGUGGAAGUAGUGAAGAUGAGAUCAAAAGUGAAAUGGAUGGCCGAGCAGCUGGUGGUUAGGCUGAAUAAAGAUUUCCAGAUCCCUACUGGUCUGACACUGCGUCAACCUGCUGAUGAUCUGGAUGGACUUUCCUCCAUAAUGACAGUCUUGGAGGGUUACAACAGUCUGAUCUCUGACACAUUCGACUGGAUCCCCCAGGUCAAGUCUGAUAUCUCUUCACUGACGGGUUACCUCGAUGAGUGGAGGCAAGGGCACUGCAGUGAGCUGCGGCCGAAGCCUUCAGUGCCGGGGCCGCUCCAAGAGCUACAGAGUCAAAAGUUAAAGUAUAUUCACACCGUGAGAAUCGAGGCUCUCAUGAGAGUGAAGGAGUUUCUCCAUAUGCUACUGAAAAAUCUGGAUCAUCUUGAGACUUGCUGAAAGACUGACAUUAGGACCAAUAUUUGCAAGUUGCUGGAAAGAUUUGCCAUGUCUGCAUCAGUGAUGUCUGACUUCCCAUCUGGCAAAGUUGAACUUUUGCAAUGUGUUUUGAAGGAAAUUUAUUCUUAAACACACUUAUUUAUAUACGUAUUAAUUUAUACACUAUUUAGAAAAUGUGUACUUUGUAACAUUGUCUUCUCAUCAGGAUGUUUGCAGCAAAAGUGUAGUUUCCUAUGCAAAGUGAUCUACGCUUUGCACACAAAGAUAAAUCAUAGGUUUGUAUUGUGACACCACUGUUGCAUCAACAAAGAGCUCUCAGUGAAAACUAUGGACCCAUUUAAUAAUUCAGUCAUGAAGCUGAAUCAGCUGGCUUGCAGCCAGAGGAAACGUCACAAUGAGCAGUGAGGUCAUGCCUGGAAAAUCCUGAAAACCAGGUCGAAACUUGCCUAAAAAAAAACAAAAAAAAGCUGAAACCUGCCAAGAAAAACAGGUGCA